AUGUCAAGAUGUGUCAAGCAAUUAGCGUGUCGAUUUCAUCCGGAAGUGGAAUUGAUUGAAGAUUAUCAUGCUGGUGACAUGAUUUGUGGUGAAUGCGGAUUGGUUGUUGGUGAUCGAAUGAUUGAUGUUAGUUCUGAAUGGCGUACAUUUUCUAAUGAUAGUGAAUCAAAAGAUAUGAGCCGUGUUGGAGCUGCAGAAAAUUUUCUAUUUGCUGGUAAUAAUCUUGAAACUAUUACGUCGAAAGGAACAGGUGCAGGUGCAGUUGAUGAAUUCGGUAAACAAAAAUAUAGCAAUGGUUCUCAGCAGAGUUCGUCUGCCGAUAAAGCCUUAAAAAAUGGUUAUGAUAGUAUUCGAGAAAUGGCUGGACGUAUUAGUUUAUCAAGUCGAAUUAUUAAUCGAGCAUGUUUAUUUUUUAAACAAUGUUAUGAAAAUCAAUGUGUACGCGGUCGCCCACAUAAUGCUAUUGCUGCAGCAUGUAUUUAUAUAGCUUGUCGACAAGAAGGUGCACAACGUACGAUUAAAGAAAUAUGUGCAAUAUCUGGAAAUACGUCAAAGAAAGAUAUUGGUCGAUGUUUUACACAUAUUGUUCGUAGUUUACCGAAUUCGAAUCGAAUUGAAUCAAUGGAAAUCAAAUAUUUGGUACCUCGUUUCUGUAAUCAACUUGAACUUGAACUUGAUCAAAAAAAUCUUAUUCGAAAAACAGCUGUUCAUAUUGCCGAACGUGCAAAAGAAGUUUGCGAUAUACAAAGUCGUGCGCCAGAUUCUAUUGCAGGUGCAUCAAUUUAUAUGGCUUGUGCUGCUGUUGGUGAGAAGAAACUGAUGAAAGAUAUUCAAGUUGCUGCUGGUGCAGUGGAAAGUACAAUACGACAAGUGUAUAAAAAAAUGUUACCAAAAGCUGCUGAAUUAUUUCCAUCUGAUUUUGUAUUCAAAGUUCUACCAGCUAAUUUACCACAAGCAUAG